AUCCCCUACGCCAAACAUAUCAAAGACCCCUCUCCCAUUUCUCCACGUUACCCGUCUACACCAAAACGAAAACUGAUACCAAGUUUUUUUUUGUAAGUGUUUUUUGGAAGUGUUUUUGUUUUUCGCUUGGUAAUUUGUGACAUGGGAAUUGAACUACACAACCACCAUCUCAAGGGUAUUUCUGGCGGCUGGGGCGUGGCGGCGAAGCCUUGUGACACGUGUAAAGCUGCUGCCUCGGCUGUGUUCUGCCGCGUAGACUCGGCUUUUCUUUGUCUAAACUGCGACGCCAGGAUUCACUGCGUCAACAAGCAUGCACGUGUGUGGAUGUGCGAGGUGUGUGAGCAGGCACCCGCGGCCGUCACGUGCAAGGCCGACGCAGCGGCUCUGUGCGUCACGUGCGAUAACGAUAUCCAUUCGGCGAAUCCUUUGGCGAGACGCCACGAGAGGAACCCGGUCGAGCCGUUGUUCGACUCGGCGGAUUCCAUCGUAAAGUCUUCGACUUUGAACUUGGCGCCAAACGAAAACGGGAGUUCAGAGUUCAGUGGCGCGUGUCAGCAACAUGAGGAAGGAGGUGUGGAUAGUGGCGCGUGGUUAAUGCCGCGGAGUUCGAAACUGAGUUUGGAAAGUACAAAUGAAAUGAAAUCCGGGGAGCUGUUCUUCUCCGAAAUGGAUCCGUUUCUCGAUUUUGAGUACACGAAUUCGUAUCCGAAUCACAGUGCGUGUAUGGAUAGUGUUGUCCCAGUUCAGACUCCGAAACCUCCUCAAAUUCAAGUCAUGAACAAUGAAAAUUGUUUCGAUAUCGAUUUCUGCCGAUCCAAACUCACUUCAUUCAGUUACCAAACUCAAUCUCUCAGCCAAAGUGUUUCGUCUUCUGAUGUUGGAGUUGUUCCGGACGGGAAAUCAAUGUCCGAUAUAUCAUAUCCAUUCGGCCGAAACAUUGCGGGAACUGAUCCAAACGUGCCGGUUUCCGGUGCCAGUACAAACCAAGCAACGCAACUAUGCGGACUCGAUCGUGAAGCUCGGGUUUUGCGUUACAGAGAGAAGAGAAAGAACCGGAAAUUUGAGAAGACAAUUCGGUAUCAUUCACGUAAAGCGUACGCCGAAACGAGACCGAGAAUCAAAGGCCGGUUCGCGAAACGGACAGAGGUGGAUUCGGAAGUUGGCCAUCUCUAUGUCUCUCCAGCGGCCUUCAUGGCCGAUAACCAAUACGGCGUCGUUCCGACGUUUUGAGGAAAAGUUGGAGGAAGUUUAGUCCGUACGUGCUCUCCACUCUCAUCAUCAUCCGGUACUUCUUGGCUUGGAAGUUUAACUAUGGAACUAAAAUAAUCAGAUGGUUGGUGUUAGUUUUAAGUGUAUGUAAAUUAGGGUGAUGAGUUUUAGCCGUUGAUUUACAAGAUUAUUAGGAUGAUGAUGAUGAUUGAUUGAUUAAUUAGCUUUUGUAUCUUCAGGUUUUCUCUACGAUCUCCCUCCAAAUGACCGUUUACUUUUUCUUAUGAGGGCUUUAUUGUAACUUCCUUUUCUUAAUUUUCAGUAAAAGUUUCUUCUUUCAAGGA